AUGCAGCUACUCCUGAUCCUCAUGGCCUUUCUUCUGCCUCCCGGGCUGGGAUACGUGAUGGAAAUCAUUGGGAGCCACGAGGCCAAGCCCCACUCCCACCCCUACAUGGCUUUGAUUCAGCUUAUGGGUGAGAAGAGUUGGAAGAGAUGUGGUGGUGUUCUCAUACAAAAAGACUUUGUUCUGAUGGCUGCUUGCUUCACAGAAAGCUCAAUCAUCGUCACCCUGGGGGCCCACAACAUCAAACAGCAGGAGAGGACACAGCAGGUCAUCCAGGUGAGGAGGGCCAUCCGCCAUCCAGGCUAUAAUGCUAAGAACUUCUCCAACGACAUCAUGUUACUGCAGCUGGAGAGAAAGGCCAAACAGACUGCAGCUGUGAGGCAGCUCCGCCUGCCCAGGGCCAUGGCCUGCAUGAAGCCAGGACAGACGUGCAGUGUGGCUGUGGCUGGGGGAAGGACUCCAUAGGCACCUACCCUAACUCACUGCAGGAGGUAAAGCUGAUCAUGCAGGAGGAUCAAAUGUGUGAGUCCCACUUACACUACUAUUACACCAACGCCAUCCAGCUAUGUAUGGGGGACCCAAAGACAAAGAAAGCUUCCUUUAAGGUGAGAAUGACAGUCUACUUUGCUUGGAUCUGGGGAGAAGUGUGUUUGCAGAAGAUCUGGGACCUGGGGACCGCCUCACCCUCUAGACACCAAGACACAUCCUGGGGCUAGUGUGUGAGUAUGCUAGUGUGUGACAUGAGUGCAAUUGUGUGGCAGUUUCAACAUUCUUUGGCAUUGCCUUUCUUUGGGA